AUAUUAUAUUCUGUGAUAGUAUUUUGUAGUCGUGUGAGAUGCGUAGCCGUGGCGGUCAGACUGCGCCAUCUGUGAUUUGUGUACAAAUAACGAUCACAAUAUGAGUGUAGAUAACAGACAACUGAUUUAAAUAUUUAAUAUUAUUAUUUAUUACACAUUGCUAGUAAAAAUAUCAAAGUACCGGAGUGAAAAUUCGUUAUUUCAGCGUCGGACGUUCAGUCACAGAAUAGGUUUCGUUAACGGUUAACACUUGACGUUGUACACUGUCUCAAGUGUCCAAUGUCGACUACUUGAAUGAUGCGAAUCGUCAUUGGACGAAGAAUCACACUAAGUUUUCCUCCAUGUCAAAGUGCAACGUGACCACCGAUGCGGUUUAGCUGACAAAUAUUUUCACAAUUCAUACAACAUUAAACAUAUUUUUAAGGCCCGUGAAAUGACGAGUUAACGUUCACUCAAUUCCAUCUGGCUUCCACCAUGUAUCUGACCAAUAUGAGAUUACUGAAGGUAUUCUCGUCGUAUAAGUUUCGCUUUUGUAUUGCAUUUAUUGUUGUGCUCAGUUUUUGGCAAAUAUUCAGGGCCAUAACAAACAGCAAUAAACAGAAACUAAUUCAUUCUUCACGUGAUCUAAACCAUGACACCUCUUUAGUGGCUAAGAGUGUAAAAGAUAUGAAAUAUCUUCCAGUUGGUGUAUACUAUGAAGCAUUGUGUCCAGAUUCAAGAAAUUUUAUACUUCAGCAUUUAGUUCCGUCUUUUAAUAAAGCACCAAACAGUUUUGAUAUUGAAUUUGUUCCUUAUGGAAAAGCCAAGACACACGAAAAUGCUGAUGGCUCAAUAAUAUUUGCUUGUCAACACGGACCAGUAGAAUGUCAUGCAAAUAAAAUUCAUUCAUGUGCUACUCAACAUAUAAAAGAUAAAGAAGUUUUGGUCAAAUAUGUAUCGUGCAUGAUUGAUAAUAACUAUGAUCCAGAAAUGAUCGGAAUGCUUUGUGCCAAAAAAUACAAUGUUAAUUGGAAUAAAAUUUAUACUUGUUCAGAAGGAAAAGAAGGUGAACUAUUAUUAAAACUAAAUGGUGAAGCAACAGACAAACUGUGGCCUCAAGUUUCGUUCAUCCCAACAAUUUUGAUUAACCAUGAACAACCCAGACAAGCUUCUGUCUUGAAAGAUUUUUGGGGUGUCGCUUGCAGUUAUUUUCCUCCAGAAUCAAAGCCUGCUGCUUGUUAAAUAUUGAUAAUCAACAGUUUUUUUUAUUGACAAUGAAGGUAAACAAUAUUGUAUUAAAAGUGAUUAACUUAUUAUAAGAGAAUUUUGUGAUAUUUAAAUUAAACUUUAUACUUUUUUAUUGUUAAUUUUUAUUUGUUGUAACCAUAAUGGAAAAAUUAUAUAUAUGUGUACUGUAUAACAUAAGCAUUAUAAACUAAGUAAACCAUACAAAUUACAAUUAAAACUACAUUGUAUUAAAGUA